AUUAUUUGGAUUGAUUUGGGCUAGUUUAACUUGUUAAUGUUGAUUAUGAUUUUGUAGCGAACUGAGGAACCGCAACACGACUGGAAGUAGACUGAGCAAAUUGUCCACUGAGGGAGGUUUUCACUUGAUAUCGCUGAGCAUCUUUCCAUGCUGAAGGAUCAAGUCCCGAUAGGCCUGAUGUCAUCAGUCGUAGCCCCAGAAAAAAACCCUUCCAAUGCUGCGGGUCCCAAAGAGGUGGAGCUGAUCCUUGUCAAGGAGCAGAACGGGGUCCAGUUCACCUCCAGCACCAUCGUGGCUCCGGCCACAUCUCAGAUCGGCACCAGCGGUGAGGAGGAAAGGGAAACCUGGGGCAAGAAAAUUGACUUCCUGCUGUCGGUGAUCGGAUUUGCGGUGGACCUCGCCAACGUUUGGAGGUUCCCUUACCUCUGCUACAAGAAUGGAGGAGGUGCUUUCUUGGUGCCAUACCUGUUCUUUAUGGUGAUAGCGGGCAUGCCUCUCUUUUACAUGGAGCUGGCUCUGGGACAGUACAACAGAGAGGGCGCAGCAGGGGUCUGGAAAAUAUGUCCUAUAUUUAAAGGUGUAGGAUUUACAGUGAUCCUCAUUUCCCUCUAUGUUGGCUUCUACUACAAUGUCAUCAUCUCUUGGGCUCUCUUCUACCUCUUCUCGUCGUUCACUGCCGAGCUCCCGUGGAUUCAUUGCAACAACACUUGGAACAGUCCAAACUGCUCGGACUGGGCUGACAACAGCACCAUCAGUGACAUUUACAAGGCAACUCCAGCUCAAGAGUAUUUUGAGCGAGGGGUGCUCCACAUUCAGGACAGCAAUGGCAUUGAUAAUCUUGGUCGUCCACGCUGGCAGUUGACUUCCUGUCUAGGUGUGGUCAUUGUUCUGCUUUACUUCAGUCUGUGGAAGGGGGUCAAGACAUCUGGCAAGGUUGUGUGGAUCACAGCCACCAUGCCCUACGUGGUCUUGACUGUGCUGCUCAUUCGAGGGGUCACCCUGCCCGGAGCCAAGGAUGGCAUUAAGGCCUACCUGUCUGUCGACUUCGGGAAACUCUGCGAUGCCAAGGUUUGGAUCGAUGCCGCCACGCAGAUCUGUUUCUCGCUGGGAGUCGGGUUUGGUGUGCUCAUCGCCUUUUCCAGCUACAACAAAUUCAGCAACAACUGCUACAGAGACGCCAUCAUCACCAGCUCCAUCAACUCUUUGACCAGCUUCUUCUCUGGCUUUGUUGUAUUCUCCUUCCUUGGCUACAUGUCAUACAAGCACAAUGUGACUCUGGACAAUGUCGCUAGAGAUGGGUCUGGAUUGGUGUUUGUUAUUUACCCAGAAGCCAUUGCCACAUUACCCGGGUCAUCAGUGUGGGCAAUAAUCUUCUUCAUCAUGCUUUUGACACUUGGCAUCGACAGCGCUAUGGGUGGGAUGGAGUCUGUCAUUACGGGUGUGAUUGAUGAGUUCAAAUGCCUCCACAAGCAUCGGGAGCUCUUCACCCUCUUCAUUGUGGUCGCCACCUUCCUCAUCUCUCUCUUCUGCGUUACAAACGGUGGGAUUUACGUGUUUACUCUGUUGGACCACUUUGCAGCAGGGACGUCCAUUCUGUUUGGAGUGCUUAUUGAAGCCAUCGGUAUUGCAUGGUUUUACGGUGUGGACCGUUUCAGUGACGACAUCGAGGAGAUGAUAGGUCAGCGGCCAGGCAGAUACUGGAGGCUGUGUUGGAAAUUUGUCAGCCCUUGCUUCCUCCUGUUUAUGGUGGUGGUGAGCUUUGCGACAUUUAACCCUCCCAACUACGGCACCUACACCUUUCCUCCGUGGGCGAACAGGCUGGGAUGGUGCCUGGCCACUUCAUCCAUGUCCAUGGUGCCGCUUUACGCCAUCUACAAACUUUGCAGCCUACCUGGAAAGUUUUGUGACAGACUGGCUUACGCCAUCACCCCGGAGACAGAACAUCAUUUGGUGGACAAUGGAGAGGUUCGUCAGUUCACACUUCAUCACUGGCUGGUUGUCUGAAUGCUAAAGUGAAAAUCGAUAAGAAGGAAGGGGGUGAUGAAUGCAUGCACAGCAAAGGUCUGAAACGUGAAGAUGAAGAAGAUGAGGUGAGAGGGAGGGGUCGAAUGCAGGAGAAAUUUGAAAGUGCCAUGAAAAAUCUUGUAAGAAAUCGUAGUGUGAUUUUAAUUUCAACUGUGUGAAGAUGUGCGUAAACCCGUUUUGGUUUGACAUCAGUGAACUGGAAACUGGUACUGUGCUGUUUAACCUGCAACUUUUCAGAAAAUACAAUAGUCCUCAAAGAGAUGCUGCGUAACUUUUCAGCUUGUCGCUUAUCUUCACUUUGCACGUGAUAGUUUUAUUAACUUCAUAUAUCUUAUAAUAAUAACUCAAAUGUGAGGUAAACUCAUUGUGGGAUGCAAAAGGUACCACUAAUAAUGCUAUCAUAAAUAUUUGCAGUAGAAUGGAUGGUAAAAUAUUACAUUUUGUCGGUGUUCUUAAAAAACAAAACUAUUGGCAGGCAUUUGGAUUACCGAUAAGCUUGAUUAGAUUUUAUUUUUUUUUUCAAAAUGAUGAUAAUAGUCGAAAAAUGAUGAAGUAUUAAGAAUCGUUUAGUCACAAUUUAGGGAUAAAACCUGUCAAGUGUUGAGUCGAACAUUCAGAAAUAUUUACAACAAGCCUACAUCGUAUUUAUUCAAUUAAUGUACUGUCUUCUUAUAAUGACUGUUAAAACACAUGCAACUGUUUACAUUCAAAGGCUUUACAGGAAAGCAAGUAUAUCAACAAAAAAUAUUGAGCUAAAACAACACUAAAAUGAUCAAAAAUACAUACAUAGCACAAUAUCAAAUGUCAUCCAAUAUUAGGGCAACACUGAAAAAGAAAAUACUGUUAUACUAUAAGAUCAUAGAAUAAUGACAAUAAAGUUGAAAUAUAGAUUAUAUUUCAAGGGUCCCCGAUACAAAUAUACGAAUGAUAUUUCAACUUUAUUGUCGUAAUUCUCAUCAUUUAUAAGAAUACAGUAACGAUUCUGCAAAGAAAUGCAGUAAUAUUAUCAGGAUAAAAUCAUUAUAUUAUGAGAGGGGAAAAAAAUGGUAAUUUUCCCCGAAUUAAAUUGUAAUAUUACGUGCCUAAAUAAGAUGAGGACUAUUGAGGAGCAUGUCAAGUUCCAAUUUUGAAUGUUUGGCACAUGGAGAGCAUCAUAAGUCGCAAGUUUCACACGAUUCGUGUCCCGAGACUGAAUGGACACAAAUCGGCUCAUUUGUGAGGAAGUCACAAUAAAUGUCAUAACCGACUGUCAAUAUAACAAAAAUAUAUAUGACUGUAGCAUGAAAUAUGAUAUCUGCAACCGUACUUUGUUGAUAUAACACACCCAUCAACCAGACUGUUGAUUUCCACAACCAAAGAGUCACAAAACUCUAGAUUGAACUUUAAGCGAGCUCCUGCAUUCUCGCGGUGAAUUGUUAAUGUUGAAUAUUCCAGCUCUAAUUUGAAAAGUGUAUGUUUCGAUCAAAAGAAGCAUGAAGCAUUUAAUUGUACUCAUCGAAUAACACGAAUAAGACUGUUUAAAGGCUGCUCUUUGCUCGUCUGCAAAAGGAUGGUGUGAAAUGUAAAUUAUGGGGUCAAUUAUGUAUAGAUAUGUACCUAUGAAUUC